AUGGAUCCCAGUUACUCCAGUUAUUCCACUUAUUCCAGCUACUCCAGCUACUCUAGCUAUUCCUAUAGCUUUGUAGAUGAUCAGGAUGACUAUCCAAAUCCGGUGACUACAGCCACUCAGCCCUUUCAUGUUGCAUCGUCUCCUCAAGCGCAUUACAUUGCUCCAGCGCCUGAGAGUCCCAAGAGGGAAGACAAGAAGACAUCCCCGCUUGCUGAGAAAUUGUCGCCAAAACAGAAGAGGACUAGCCCUGGUAAGAGUGGAUUUGAGUUCGAUACUAACUCUCUCAAUUUCUUCUCAGCCCAAACGGCGGCGGCCGUUUCUGCGGCUGUUUCUGCAGCGAUAAAUCACCAGAUCAACCAGAAUAUACUAUUAGCACCUUCAACAUCGGCAGUAGCGCAGCCUCCCCCGAUCUUGUCGCAACAGGCCUCUGUCGACACAGCCCCUGACACAGCUCACCAAGAACAAUCAUUACCAGAUGCUGCUCAGCCGCCCACCACCGUCGAUUCCGGGGAGAAGGCAGUGGACACAUACACUAUCUAUUCCCCAAAUCGCGCUAAGAAUGCAACGUCAGAAGACUUCGUACUUAUUUCACCAGCGCAGUCGCGCCACGUCCUACGUCAGGCAGCUAAAGAGCAAUCAUCACCAUCUGAAAACUCAAUUGAGAAGACAAACCUCGCUUUGGCAGAGUUGAAAGAUAAGUAUAUGUCGCUUUCCGCCGAAUUCAGAGACUACAAGCUCAAGAAGGAGAGUGAAAUUAAGGAUCUGAUGGCACAUGAAGCAGAGUUGCGGCAAGAGGCCCGUAUUUAUCAACGUGAUCUACAAAAGUUAGAAAAGGAUUAUGCUUCAGUGAUAGCAAAAUUGGCCGACAAAGAAGACAAGAUUGUAGAGCUGAAGGGUGCCCUGAAGAAACUGGAGAGUACGCUCCAGCAAAAACCCCCUUUUGACAUGGCUCCAUCUAGAGAACAACCCACUCAGCAAGGAUACAAUAGAAAAGAAGUGUCUCAGCAGAAGGAAAACUAUUCUCCCCCCGUGGCCCAAUCCGCUGCAGUGCCUUACAAGCCAGUUGAUAGCAUAAGCAAAAUUUUCGGUCCCACUUAUGCUGAGAGUAACCCGGUAGAUUCAGUCAAGCACAACCCGGCUGGUAAGGAGCCAGACCACACAUUAGAACCAAAAGCAUCUCAUCAUCCUCCAGAUCCUCCCCUGGCUACUUCCAACGAUGUUCCGAUCAUGUCCUUUGAGGAAUUCCUGAGGCAACGAGCACGCAAUGCUGCAAUAGAAGAGCUACAGCAGCGCGACACACAGGCCAAGAGGGCCAUGGAUGCCAAGAUAGCUUCUCUGCAGGAACAGCUAGGAUCUCUACUUACUGACGCGCAACCCGAUCAUGCUACUGCACAACCUGAGGCGACAUUUAGUGAAGGCGGAGAGAAGGCGUCUCACACCAAGACGACUUUCACGCUAGAGGAUGUGGACAAGACAGAUCCUAAUUACAAGCUGCUACAGACCAUGGAGACAGACUACACAGCUAUGUGUCAGCAGUUGAUGCUUAAUCGUGAUGAGCUAGCUAAUCUUGAAAACCGCAGUGGAAAGCGCACACACAAAGAAAUGAUGCGCAUGCGGUUUCUUGAGGCGCAGAUAAGCAAACUGGAUAGCGAGGCAAACCAGCUCCGCUCCAGGCUGCGAGCAUUGGCCAAAGCUAAAAAUUGA